UCUGUGAAGCCCCGGAGGACAGAUCAGCUCGAGCAGGUCACCGCCAGACUGCAGCCUCGGAAACAACAAUAAUAAUAAUUAAAAAAGGCUUGAGCGGUUGUAGUUUUGACAUAGGUAGUUUAUGUGAUAUCAGUGGGUGAGAUAUUGUUGUAGACUUGGAUGUUAUUUGCAACUAAAACCCAGACCGGUGCAGGAUAUAAACUCCGGACGCUGAGCAGGAGCACAAACCAAAUAACUUUUUAUUCCUGGAGACGACCGUGGGUGAUUGUCGCUGAACCGACAGCCUUUUUUGGAGGUAAUACAAGUAGUUUGCACUCCUCUGUCGUGUUGGUGAUUAUAUAUAGACUGCUCCGCUUUGCAGCCGGGCUCUUGACGGGGAGAGAGGUGGACACCGGAGAAGCAGCGGCACGGCAGCCACCUGACCUCUUUACACAGGAAAACAAGACCGCAGUUAAUGACACAGUCUGGGAUCCUUGCGUGGCUCAUUACUAAGCUCUCUGGCGGAGCGGGACGAGUUUGCACCGGUGCUGUAAUUGCAUGUUCAGUUUUGACGCACCGUUAUCUCACUUAUUCUGCACGAAAAGCUUAAGUUUGCUGAUUCCCAAAUUCGAAAUUAUGGUGCGUGCUAAUGAUUUUUUUAAAGUCUGACAUCUAAUUGGUUGCACUUAAUUGCUGAAGUUGUUCUUUUCAUCAUAGUGUCUGAUUAAUUGUAAGCAAGUGGCUUCACAUCCAUCAGAGCCAGACGAUAUGGCUAUAACCGGAGUGGACCCCCUCCAGCGAUCGUGAUGCCGAGCACCGGUCUGAUCCUGUGCUGUCAAGCCGUAUAAUGUCUGCUCUCUAACCGCGGGUCCAGUGUGGCGCCGUGUCCCGGUCACACUGCCAGGAUGAGCAGCACGGAUCUGGAGCGCAUGUCGCUCAGCUCCUCGGCCAACUCGGUGGCCUCUAGCGCCCGGACGCUGUCGGCCAACGUGAAGAAGCUGCACAACGCGCUCAACCUCCUGCUGAACGACUUCGAGAGGGAGCAGUUCAUCCACUGCCUGAACGUCUACCACUCCAAACGCAACGUCUACGACCUGGUGCAGACCCUCAAAGUCAUCCUCAACGCACCGAGCAAAAGGCAACUUCUGCCCAUGUUGCGGCUGGUCAUCCCGCGCUCGGACCAGCUCCUGUUUGACCAGUACACCUCGGAGGGCCUCUACCUGAAAUCGGAUUUAGUAGCAAGCAACGGGAGCCCCGAAUCGCCGGGCGACUUGGCCAGCGCCAGCCCGACUCCCCCUGCGCAUUUCUCGCCAAAUAACCCCGGUGAGUCCCAAGUGGCGCUGCGCGGCUCUCCGGACAGUUUCAGCACCAGCAGCGAGGGGACAGCUCCUCUAGUGCCGCUGCUCGGGAGAAACUUUGUCCACGAGCCGCCGGGGGAGCUGAGGCAGGUCACCAUGAAGCGGCACAAGAGCAACGAGGGUUUGGGGUUCAGCAUCCGAGGAGGCUCGGAGCACGGGGUCGGGAUCUAUGUGUCGCUGGUGGAACCGGGGAGCCUGGCGGAGAAAGAGGGUCUCCGGAUCGGCGAUCAGAUCAUGAAAGUCAACGACAAAGUCUUCGACAAAGUCACGCACGCCGAAGCAGUGAAGGUGCUGAAGGGCAGUAAAAAGCUUUGUCUCUCGGUGCGUUCAGUGGGCCGUAUUCCAGGAGGCUAUGUCACCAACCACGUUUACACCUGGGUUGACCCUCAGGGGCGCAGCGUGUCCCCGCCUCCUGACCUCCCUGAGCACCGGAGCGCCACCCUGCGGCGAACUGACAGCCAGAGACGCAGCAACAUGCAGCUACUACAAGAGGGAGAUGAGAAGAAGGUCAACCUGGUGUUGGACGAUGGACGCUCUCUGGGUCUGAUGAUCCGGGGCGGAGCCGAAUAUGCUUUGGGCAUUUACAUCACAGGAGUGGAUCGGGGAUCGGCAGCGGAGUGUGGAGGACUCAAGGUUGGCGACCAGAUCCUGGAGGUUAAUGGGCGCAGCUUCUUGGGCAUCCCUCAUGACGAGGCCGUGAGGGUCCUGAAGUCGUCACGGCACCUAAUGAUGACAGUGAAAGAUGUGGGCCGCCUGCCGCACGCCAGGACGGUGGUGGGUGAGACCAAGUGGAUCGCCAGCUCGCAAAUCUCCGAGAGCUCCGCCACCAGCAGCAUGGCUGGCUUCUCUGUGGACCAAGGAGCCUCCGCAGCAGGAAAGCCUGUCUUCUAUAAGGGUGUGGCGGGCUCCCAGGUGACCCUGUCCAGCCUGGUGAACCAGUCCAGAGCCAUGCUGGAGGAGCAGGCGCGUCACCUGCUGACGGAGGCGGAGCGGCAGACCAUGGGCUACUACGUGGAGGAGUACCGCGACGGGCACAUCGGAGUGGAGCAGCUGGUCAUGGCCCUCUUUGAGCUGCUAAACACGCAUGCAAAAUUCUCCUUGCUGUCGGAGGUGCGCGGCCUUGUCACCCCGCAGGACCUGGAGCGUUUUGACGGGCUCGUGCUGCGACGUGAAAUUCAAGCUCUAAAGGCCCGGCAGGGGAGUGCAGGAGUGCCGCCCCUUCACCCGGACUCCCUGUCCAUGGUCUCCUACCCGGACACCCUGACCUCAUCUUCAGCCAGCUACAUGACCAACACCACGCUCAGCUCUGCACGGAAUGACAGCGUGGCGGAGAGUAAUGAGGAGGAUCCUCCGGAGAGUCUGGAUACACUCCUACCUGACAUCUCUCUGGAUGACGUACAUUCCACCACAGCCGAUUCUCCCCCUUCUUUCAAACCUCCACCCCCACCAGGGGUGCAGAGGCGCCCCAGCAGGCGAGACCUGGUCAACAAACGCUCCUCGUCUGAGUCUUCCCACUCGGGCUUGUACUUCACAGCCCCAGCAUCACGUAACCACCACAAAGACCCCGGACACACCCCCGCGUCACCCUCCCUACCCCCCAAAAGAGACCCUCCCAGGGACCCGUCCCGGGACUACACAACUGUCCGAAAGAGAGAGCCCUCGGUUCCCUCCAAGAGAGAGAAACUCACAGCCCCUCAGCUUUCUAUGGUUGCCCAACAUAACAUCGGUCCUUUCCCCAGGGUCCAGUCCCCGAGUAGAGCCACCAAGCCUGCCGCCCCCUCCCCUUCACCUCCACCUCCACCGCCACUCCCCGCUCCUCCCCCACCUCCUUCCCUGCCCAUUAGCCCAGAGUCCAAGACCUCCUCUGCCUCCCCUGGCCCCAAACAGCGCUUUGUUACGGUGGAGGUGCACCGACCCAACGCGGAGCCUGACGUCAACGAGGUGCGGCCUCUGCCCCAGGCUCGAGGAGGCACCCUGUCUCAGCUCUCAGACAGCGGCCAGACCCUGAGUGAGGACAGCGGGGUGGACAUUGCUGAGUCAGGGCACAUCAGCAAAGACAGCAGCCCCCAUUCUGCACGCACUCGACCCCCCCGAGACUCCCAGGGGGGCGGGGGGGACACCCCCACCAAGCCGCCUGGGCUCUUGGAGCCUACCUCCACGCUAGUGAGGGUGGCAAAGAGUGCCAGCACCCUGGGUAUUGCCAUUGAAGGGGGUGCCAACACUCGACAGCCUCUGCCACGUAUUGUCACAAUACAGAGGGGUGGUUCAGCUCAUAACUGCGGCCAGCUGAAGGUUGGCCAGGUGAUCCUGGAGGUAAACGGGGUUUCCCUGAGGGGCCGGGAGCACAGGGACGCCGCUCGCAUCAUCGCCGAGGCGUUCAAGACCAAAGAAAGGGACCACGUGGACUUCCUGGUGACCGAGUUCAAUGUGGCACUAUAAUUCACUGAAGGAGGAGGGAGGAGAGAGGAGGAUGAAAAGGGCAAAACCAAGAGAAGCGGAAAAAGAAGUAAAGGCGGAUAAAGCAUAAGAACUGCAUCUGAUGUCCAGCUAAGAACUAUAUUUUUGCUAUAAUCCUAACCACAAACGUCUAUCUAUUAAAAAAAAGAGAAAAAAAAGAAAAAAAAAGAAAAAGCUUACUGGAUAUUCUGUCUUCAAGCAGUGGGAGUAAUCCAAGCCUCCGGUAAUUUGAAUGGCACAACUCUUUUAGAUAGUUUUCUCUGAUGCUAGCCAUCUGAACUCUCUGCCCUUGUCCUUCUCCACGCAUCAGCCCAUGAAUGUGGACACAUGUCAUUAAUUUACUCAAAGUUACAAGGUUUUACUUCCACUGUGGACUUCAUUUAGGAUACUCUGUGUAGGAUGCUCUCUCUUCUUCAACGUAUUACCUCCCCAUUGUGAGAUCUGACGCACUAUAUUGGGAAAUAGUGUCAUUUAUCCGAGGCAUAAACCUUUUUAUUUCUUCUCGCAGUGUUACAUCCUUUGGAUCUGAAAUGGACCAAGCCAUUCUGAAAGCCACUGGAACUGAUAGUAGCACCACCAUAACAAAUGGUUUCUUUCCUCUGCUUGUGUCUCAGAGAUAACAGCACAUCUGAGACUGAUACUCCCACUCUCCAGCAGAGAAAAAUGCAAACCCGACUUUAAAACCUUGGAUUUGUGUAUGUACAAAUGAACAAAUGUAGAUACAAAUAUAUACUGUAUACAUAAAAAUGCAUAGAUAUAUGGAUUAUAAAACCUAAUAUGUUACUUCCUCAGCAUAUAUUUCAAUAACAUUGACAAUACAUCUUUCUGCUUAUACGGGGUGUUACAAACUUUCUAGCUCCCUUAAUGCCUAUCCAAAUAUUUCUACCCUUUGACAAAGUGAAAAUGGAUAAUACAACGCCAGGCUAGCAAAAAUGCAUAAUACACUGCUUGAUUUGGUUCACCAGUGAUUUCAAAUUAGGAGGGAGGGUCCCCCGCUAGUGUAUUGUUUCCAGUUUCCUUUCCACUUUUCCAUGUGUAUCUAUAUUAUUUAGAAAAGAUGAAAUAUCCGUUGCAUCACUCAGCUUUUUCCUGUGCUGUUACCCCAAGUGAAUAACAAUGGAUGAUUUUGUUUUGUAAUUUCAUAGUGUUAAUUUUGUUCAUCCAGGGGGGGCUUGCCGUAGCCAUGCAUGGUGCAGCAAUUACACCCAAGAGGGGGGUAAUGAGACAUUUAGAGGACGACGCCACCAAAGAUCUCGGAAAUACUCGCGGCACAUGCACAUGAGCGUGCGCACAGAUACAAACGUGUACACGCAGACACAUACACACACACGUUUUAUCCAUUUAUAGAAAAGCAAUUAGGAGAUAAGCAAUCAGGUAGAGAAGGGGGGGAAGAGACAGAAGGGGGGAGAGAGAGUGUGUGAGAGCAGCUAAAGUGACAAAUGAGAAGUGAUUGUUGUUGUGGAGAUGAUUUGUUUCCUCUCAGGAAGAGAAAGAGUGCAGAGGGGACAUACAAAUCUUCCAUAUGUCAUUCAAGGGAGUUGAGUUAGGGCGGAAAUAGAAAUACAGACUAAUUGGAGUAAUUAUUCUACGUGUCUAUGUUGGGAUGUGUGUUUGCAUGUGUGUAAGAUGUGUGGUAUGUGUCUGUCUGCCACUUAAUGGAAUAAUAGAAGCAGGCAAUGCACAAAACAAGGAGACAGCAAAGUGCGUUUUUUAAUCAAGACAAAUGAAUAUGUCGUCAAGUGAGUUUUUGUAUGAGCAGUAGAGACACCCAAAAGUCAAUGAAGCGAUGGCCUGGGCUUUGUGAAAAAUGCUAACAGUGCACCAGUGCGAGCAAAAUGCUAUCAAACACUCUUAACAACCGGCUUGUUUCGCACAGCGUAUCUCUGCUGCACGCAUCCUCAAAGCGUCAUGUAGUCAGGAAUUAAUAACGAACAUUCGUACUAUUAGAGUGACAAGCGUGUAUUUUUGACAUCAUACACAUGAGUUUUGUAUGGGUGUCAAGCCCAAAGCUCAUUAUCCCUCAACCGCCCACAGACUCAGAUCAAGGAAGCAUUUAUUUGAAGCGCAAACAUCACACCAAAGUGUUUCAGUAUUCCUGUGAUAGCAACAGUAAAAUAACAAAACAGUAAAAAAGGAUGAGACUUGUCAAUACAUAUUUUUAAAUAUAUUGUAAGACCACACAAUUUACACAUGAUAAAAAAUGCAAUAAAACAUAGAGAAUAUUUUGCAGCGGUAGAAAAAUGAGGUGCUAAAGGCAGAUUAUAGCACAAUGAAAAAAGAAAGUUUAAGUCACUUUUUUUUUAAAUUACAGAAGAGAGUGCAUUUGUGACAGAGGCGGAAAAGGUUAUCUGAAUGUGAUAAGAAAAAAACAAUCAUGUAAAAAUAUGAAUAUCAACAAAAUUGGUUGUUUUCACCCGGUACUUUCACCUGUCACCUUAUGCAUUAGGUUUAGUUUUGCUCUGAUUAACUAAUGGGAAUUCUGAUGAGAUGAACAUCUUAGGAUAGCAAUGUGUGAGGGUCUUGCUGCUGUCAGAUGAAAACUUUGUGUCCAAAAAAAAAAAAAAAAAAAAUGAUUUCCCGGGAAUUGAUUUUAAAAUGGUUAAUUUUCCAGCUGACAUCCUCCAAUUUUCAGUCUAUACAGUUCAUUUCAAAUGUGUUUUAUGAGGCUUAGGGUCAUGAAACUUAUUUUUAUGAAAGGCCCUGUGAAUUUUCACUGCGGAAGGAAAAUCGUGAGCUGGAGAUAGCAGCCUUGUGAACCAGAUGGAAUCUCAAAAAUACAUGAAUUAUGCUCCGCCUCACAUUACAAGGAGUUAAGAGGUUUCCAUAUAAAAGCAGGGAUAUGAUACAGUUAAAGAAGUGGAUCAUGAGGAGAUAAAUCCACUGUGUGUUUGUAGUGGAGUAGAUUUCCAAAAGGGUAACCCAUAUCUAUAAACUGGCAUUACUUUACAGGGUUACUUUCUGUGCUUUACUCUCUCUACUUGCCUUUGUGUUUUCAGGUUGUUUUAUUUGGAACGGACUGUUAAUAAGCUAACCGGCUGGAUGGAAACACAGCCACUGUUACAUGCCAGAAAAUGCAAAACAGUUCGUUUAGGGCAACUUUGAAAAGUGACGCUUUAGCAAACAAUUAGCCCAGUUGUUCAAUUAAUUCCACACACUCACACUCUGCUUAACACAAGUUAGUUCAGUGUCCUUUCUCAUGCAGCAGUCCUCUGUCUCUCUCUCUCUCUCUCUGUUUCUCUUUCUUUUUCUUCUGCCUCUGUGAUUACUGAGCCCUUUGAGUGCAUCCUUUAAUUUGAUUUGGAGAAAUGUUGUCUGUAUGCAUAUUCAGGGCAUGCUGCACACAGUAUCUGUCCUCAUUCCUGCCACAUCAGACACUUAAAAUUCAGGAUGCAUGUGUUUGUGUGUGUGUGUACGUGUGUCUUCGUGAGUCUGUGUGAGAGACGGGGGAGAAAGACAGAGUGAGAAAGGGAAGAGAAACAAUACAGAAAAAUGAGAGUUGUUGGAUUGUGUCCUCUCUGUGGAAUUACUCGCCAUUAAACAAUCCAAUCUCAAAGGAA